CAAAGAUUGGAUUUUAUUUACUACAAUUCUCUCUCUCUCUACCUCUCCUCCCCUCUCUGUACAGUAACCAGUGAGCGAAAGCUAGCAAACAACCAUGGAUUUCACUCCUCUCACCGACGCAUUGUCCUCCAAAUCCUAUGAUAAGAUUUCUGAUAUUUGCGACGAACUCAUGCUCAAGUUCGCAGCAGAGGGGAUUUCUUUUCAGGACGAAUGGCCUUAUGCGAUUCAUCUGCUUGGCCACAUUUAUGCUAAUGAUAUUAAUAGUGCUCGAUUUCUCUGGAAAUCAAUACCCUCAGCUGUCAAAGAAAACCAACCGGAAGUAGUUGCCGUUUGGAGAAUUGGUCAGAAAUUAUGGACACGUGACUAUGCAGGUGUUCAUGAGGCUAUUCGUAGUUUUGAUUGGAGUCAAGAAACUCGCGCUCUUGUUGCUGCAUUCUCAGAGCUUUACACCAAGAGGAUGUUUCAGCUGUUGCUUUCUGCUUAUUCAACAAUAAGCAUUCAAGACACAGCUCACUUUCUGGGGAUGAACGAGGAUGAUGCUACAAACUAUGUAAUGCAGCAAGGUUGGAUCGUUGAUCCUGCAUCUCGGAUGCUAACCGUGAAGAAGCAGCAGACUGUGACAGAGCAGAAGCUGGAUUCCAGUAAACUACAGCGAUUGACAGAAUAUGUAUUCCACCUUGAGCAUUAGUUAAAGUUAAAAACUUUUUAAAACUUCUACUGAAUACCCCAUUUAUUAUAGUCGCUAGAGUCAAUGAGUAAAUGCCUUGAACAUGUUAAGGACAUGGAUGUGCAGCCAGGUAAGUAUCUUAGAGGUUCAGUUUUUUUCCUUAUAGUUGGCUGCUUUUGCUAGAGCUGCCAUUAACUUUUUAUGGCUGGAAAUUGAUAGAAAUCAAUAUUCUCUUCUGGAAUCACUUUCCUGGGAAAGUAGGUCUUUCAGAAGUUAAUACUGGAAUGUAAAAUUAUCGAGUUUUGGUUCCAAUUUCAAUUUUCUUUGGACUGCA